CGGCAACUUCAUCAGCUGUUUUUUGCAAAUGUUUUUUCUCAAUAAAAUUGCGAAUUAGUGGCAGAUAACGGUUUCACCAGCAGAUAAGCUCAAAACUGACCUUGAAUAAUGAAGUUCCUACAGACGAUUCGCAGGAUGAGCCAGAAAACCUCAGAGGUGCCACUUUCAGCACUUCGACUUAAGUACCAUGAACGCAAAGAUGCCUUCCUGGAAGACAACAUCGAGGUGAAAAACCCCUUUUGUGUGUUUCGCGAUUGGUUGGAGUUGGCUCUGAAAACGCCGGAGAUCCUGGAGCCUAAUGCGGCCGCUUUGGCAACUGUAAGUUCCGAGGGAAAGCCUAGCAAUCGCUAUGUGCUAGUCAAGGAAGCCACCGCCGACGGAUUCACUUUCUUCACCAACUACGGAAGUCGCAAGGCGGAAGAGAUCAAGUCCAACCCCAACGUAGCCAUAUCCUUCUACUGGCUUCCUUUGCGGCGCAGUGUCCGCAUCGAGGGCGUGGCUGAGAAGAUUUCUCCAGAAGAUUCCCUCAAGUACUUUCACCAGCGACCGAGGGCCAGUCAAAUUGGAGCAGCUGCCAGUCCACAGAGCCAGCGGAUUCCAUCGCGAAGCUACUUGGACGAGGUGGAGGCGGGCAUCAAGCAGCAACUGGGUCCCGAUGGAGAAGUUCCUCUGCCCAACUGGGGUGGUUACUUAGUCCGUCCCGACUUGAUUGAAUUUUGGCAGGGUCAGACUGAUCGCCUCCAUGACCGCAUUCGGUUCAGACGAGGUGCAGGAGUAGAAUCUGAAGUUGACGGCAAAUUAGUUCACAAGGGAGAAGAUGGCUGGGUCUACGAGCGACUGGCUCCCUAAGCAUAGAGAUCUGCAGUUGAGUAACAGAUGCAUUACAAAUGUCUUCCAAAUGUAGUUAAUAUGAAGAGUUGUUAAAUUUUGUUUCGGAAUAAAUGCUAGGCCAAACCUA